AUGUAUCUAAUUUUUACAAAGCCAUAUGAGGUGAGGACUUUCCUUACCCCAUACACAGACGAGACGCGCUUCCGAGGUGGCGCGGUGGCCAAGAACCCGCCUGCCAGCGCGGGAGACCCAAGAGACACGGGUUCAGCCUCUGGGUCGGGAAGGCCCCCGGGAAAGGAAAUGGUAACCCACUUCAGCGCCCUGCCCGGGAAAUCCCGUGAACGGAGGAGCCUGGUGGAUACCGUCCGUGGCGUCGCGAGGUGCCAGACACGACUGAGCACGCGCACAGCCGCAGACGACCGAGAGAAGCGGAACCCAGAGACCACGUGGCCUUCCCGAAGGCGCCCAGCCGGACGCCGCACGGGCUGA